AUGGCCCCUACAGCUCGCCCGAGUGAACGGGCUACCGUGGACAAGCUGCAGCACGCGGGUGACCUGUGGCUGCUCAACGCGGACGACGCCUCCACCCUCAUGGACGCCGUCAUUGAGUCCUUCCGCAUCCAGGACCAGCACGUGCACCACCGCCUGUACGUCUGCUCCACCGCCCAGCCCGGCCGCAUGAUCCGCAGCCCCAGCCAGAAGACCACCGUGGUCAACGUCACCCCGGGCAGCGAGCGCCUUGCCGCCUCGGGCCUCAAGGUGACCCAUGUGGUGAGCCAGUCUGACGUCAUCAAGCUGCUCUGGAACAACCGCGCCGUGUUCGGCCCCGUGCUGUCGUCCACCGUCGAGUCCCUCGAGAUGGACGACGGCGCCGCGCUGACCGUGCCGGCCACGCUGCCGGCGCUGGAGGCGUUUGGCUUCAUGGCGCGCGACCACAAGAGCAGCCUGGGCCUCACGGACGGCGGGAAGCUGGUGGCCAACCUGUCGGUGUCGGACAUCAGGGGCCUCACCCCCGAGGAGUUCCCCCUGCUGCUGCUGCCGGCCGGCGAGUUCGUGGCGGUGCGCAACGGCGUCGCUGGCGUGACGAAGGAGCAGGCGCUGGCCGGCAAGCGCGUGGAGGGCGCGGAGGAGGGCAAGUACGGCGUGCUGUUUGAGAAGGCGCCGGUUGUGACCGUCAAGGAGAGCUCCACCUUCGAGGAGGUCCUGGGCACCCUGGUGACCAAGGGGCUGCACCGCCUGUACAUCGUGGACGACAACGGCGCCGCGAUCUCCAUCAUCACGCUGACAGACGUGCUGCGCCUCGUCACCAGGCCGUGA